AUUAGUAAGCGCAUAACGGAUCACUCACCGCAUUCAUACGAGUCUGUGAGGUAUAUCCUCCAUCGUGCAUCUCUCUACGCAAAGUCGAAUGCGUCAACUGAGUGCGAGAGAACUAUUGCAAGGUGACUGAUAUUAGAGCCAGCUUCCUCACGAGCACAAGACGAUUAGAUCAUCGGCCAUGGAGUUCAUGAAGGAUCGGAUCAACCAAUGCGCUCUUCUCUGUGGUUUGUUGGUCGGAAUGUUAUAUCUGCUCGUCAACUGGACUCCUUCUGGCCCUCUCUUGCAAUUCCAGGAGCAGAAACUCCCUCACUCCCAAUCAAGGGAUAAUCAGGCGGGAGGAUACAUGGACGAGCUCGGGAAAGUCUUGGCCGACGCAUCGACGGGAAACAACAAGACAGUCAUCAUAACAGUGGUGAACGAAGCUUACGUCGAGGGGGACAAGUCGAUGCUCGAUCUGUUCCUGGAUGGGUUUUGGCUGGGUGAGGGAACUAGGCCCUUGAUCCACCACCUCUUGAUCGUGGCCAUGGAUGGCACGUCCUUCGAGAGGUGCAAGUUUCUAGGGCUUCACUGUUACCAACUCAAAACAGAAGAUGAGUUGGAUGGAGAGGAGGUGUACAUGACCCCAGGUUUUCUAAGGAUGAUGUGGAGUCGAACAGAGUUCCUUGGGAAUGUGCUCAAACGAGGCUACAGCUUCAUAUUCACGGACGCUGACAUACUGUGGCUAAAAGAUCCGUUCCCGCAGCUAUAUCAACACUGGAGUGUGGAUUUCCAGGUCAGCGUCGACGGAUUCAACGGCGACCCCUCGUCCGAGGACAACUACAUGAACACGGGGUUCUACGUGAUCAGAUCCAACAACCGGAGCAUCGCUGUAUUCAACGAGUGGUAUGCCAGGAGAAAUGAUUCCUCGGGAAUCAAGGAACAAGAUGUGCUGACACAGAUUAAGCAGGAAGGCAUAUUUCGGACGUUGGGAUUCGGUGUCAGGUACUUGGACACCGUGUACUUUAGCGGGUUCUGCCAGGACAGCCGAGACGUCAGGGCCGUGAUCACAGUCCACGCCAAUUGCUGCCGCACAGUCGUAGCCAAAGUCACCGAUCUGACGGCCGUCCUCCACGACUGGAAGAGUUUCACUGGAAGCUCCUCUUCCUCCUCCACCAAUGGCACAGCGGCCUUCAACUGGUCCGCACAUGUCGCAUGCCGGCACUCGUGGGACUGACGAUUGGACUAACUAUUAUAUUGGGUUCGGCCCAAAGUUCAAUUCAACUUGCUCGCUGAUUAUGAUGGAGAUUGGAUGAUCUUCGUUUUAGAUACAACUGAUUUUUUCUGAGGAAAACCCAGGGACUGUAUUUGUUAGGUCUGAUAUUAUUCAUCUUUUC